AUUUCUCUCCCUUCCCCCCGAUUGAUACGCUGCUUUAGUUUUCUGCACGAAUUUAUUGAGGGGUAUUUUGGGCAUCGAAUUCGAUUCUGCUCUAUCGUUCUUCGAUUCUUCGCGAUGGGACGGCGACCGUGGCUGGUGGCGUUGAUUUUGGUUUGCUUGUUUCUAGUCUCUGAAGGCAGAGAGCUUAAGAUCAAGCAUGAGGAUUACAGUCAUAUCUACAACCAUACUCUUGCCAAGAUACUUGUGGAGUAUGCUUCUGCUGUGUACAUGACUGAUCUAACGGAACUGUUUACAUGGACUUGCUCUAGGUGUUCUGAUCUGACAAUGGAUUUUGAGAUGACAGAGCUGAUUGUUGAUGUCCAGAACUGCUUACAGGCAUUCGUUGGUGUUGAUCACAGUCUUAAUUCUGUAAUUAUCGCUUUCAGAGGAACCCAAGAACACAGCAUUCAGAACUGGAUCGAAGACCUUUUCUGGAAGCAACUGGAUCUGAAAUAUCCUGACAUGCCUGAUGCAAUGGUACACCAUGGUUUUUAUUCUGCUUACCAUAACACAACACUGCGACCUGGCGUUCUAAGUGCUGUUAAAAGGGCACAGGAGUCAUAUGGAGAUCUGCCCAUAAUGGUCACUGGGCAUUCAAUGGGAGGGGCUAUGGCUUCGUUUUGCGCUCUUGAUCUUACUGUUAAUCAUGGAGCAAGUGAUGUUCAACUCAUGACAUUUGGACAACCUCGAGUGGGUAAUGCUGUUUUCGCUUCAUACUUCAGCAAACUUGUACCAAACGCAAUUAGGGUGAUUCAUGAGCAUGACAUGGUGCCACAUUUACCACCCUACUAUUAUUAUUUCCCUCAGAAGACAUAUCAUCAUUUCCCAAGAGAGGUAUGGCUCCACAAUGCUGGAAUUGGAAGUCUUGUGCUCAUGAUUGAGGAGAUCUGUGAUAAAACUGGUGAAGACCCAACUUGUAGCAGGUCUGUGAGCGGGAACAGCAUCUCAGAUCAUCUUUCGUAUUAUGGUAUCGAGUUAUCAGCAGAUAGCUGGAACUCUUGUAGAAUAAUAAUGGACGGAAAACUCAAGCAGUACCAUAUGGAUCCUGCUGGCAACAUUUUUAUGUCAAGAGACCCAUCAAUGCCAUCGUUUCUAAAGCUAGUUUCACAAAAUAAAACUGGCCGAAGUUCUGUAUGAUAAUGGAGUUCGAUGAAGUCAGUGAACUGAAACUGAAAGCUUUAUCGAUGAAUUUGAGGGGAAAAAGAAGAGGAGCACAAGGUUCUUGUACAUAUUGCAUACGGUAUCCUGAUUGGUCAAUCUCUUAAUGUAUAUACGCACAUAGUCCUGGAGGUACAUAUUGUAAAUUAUGUAUCGAUUUAUUUUUUAGACUCUGAAACACUUAUGUUUGUUAAAGAAGGGAACUUGUUAAUAGCAGCAAAUUCAUUUAGAAGGAGCUAUUUCAUGA